AUGACAUACAAAGCCAUCAUUCUCGUCGGCGGUCCCUCACGAGGUACACGCUUUCGUCCACUAUCACUUAAUGUCCCGAAACCUUUAUUUCCUGUUGCAGGCCACCCUAUUAUUUGGCAUCACCUGGAGGCACUUUCUAAAGUGAAAGACUUGAAAGAAGUGAUGUUAAUCGGUUUCUUUGAAGACUCGGUGAUGACGAGAUUUUUAGAGGAUGCUGCUCGAGACUUCCCAAAGAUGAAUGUGCGCUAUCUUCGUGAAUAUCAGGCAUUGGGUACUGCAGGUGGUCUCUAUCAUUUUCGGGACGAAAUAUUGCGCGGUGAUCCACAACAACUUUUUGUCCUUAAUGCUGACGUGGCAUGCAGUUUCCCGCUCAAUGAUAUGAUGCAGUUUCAUAAUAAACAUCGUGGACUAUGUACGAUUCUUGGUACAAAAGUAGCUAGGGAAAACGCCAAUAAAUUUGGUUGUCUUGUUGCGAAACCAGAUAGCAACGAAGUGCUACAUUACGUUGAAAAACCAGAGAGCUUUAUUUCCGAUCUGAUCAGUUGCGGUAUAUAUCUAUUUGACUGUGCUGUGUUUAAUGAAAUGAAAAAAGCAAUGUUAAACAAGACAACCAAUGUCGAUCAGGAUCCUUAUCAAGCUCAGGAUGAUAAACUUCGAUUAGAACAAGAUUUGUUUCGCCCUCUGGCCGAGUCAAAAAAACUUUAUGUAUACGUUACCACAGGAUUUUGGAAACAGAUCAAGACGGCUGGUUCUGCAGUUCCGGCCAAUGCGCUCUACCUUGAACAAUACUCGAAAACAUCUCCCGAUAGGCUAGCGAAAAACAAUAUAGAUGGCAAAGGACCAGAGAUAGUAGGACACGUGUAUAUACACCCCACUGCUACUGUAGACCCUCGCUCAAAGAUUGGUCCCAAUGUGACCAUAGGGCCACGCGCUUUUAUUGGAAAGGGCGUACGAAUCAGGGAUUCGAUAAUCCUCGACAACGCCGAAAUAAAAAGCAAUAGUUGUGUCCUCCAUAGCAUUAUCGGAUGGGAUUCAAAAGUGGGAAACUGGGCGCGCGUUGAAGGAACUCCUACGGAAAAUUAUUCGACGACUAUUACUGAGAACGGGGUGAAAGUGCAAUCUAUUACUAUUCUAGCCAAAGAAGUUAUUGUCAAAGAUGAGAUUAUAAUUCGAAAUUGUAUUGUGCUGCCUCAUAAAGAAUUGAAAAAUAGUUUUCAUAAUGAAAUUCUUAUGUGA